AUGAUUAAACUUUUUUCGCUCAAGCAACAAAAGAAGGAUGGUGAAUCGACACCGAAGGCCGGAGGUCCGAAAAAAACUUUCACCGCUGCACAGCUACGGAUCACUAAAGACAUAAACGAACUGAACCUUCCGAAAACUUGCGCCACCGAGUUCCCGGAUCCGGAUGAUUUGCUGAAUUUUAAGCUGAUCAUUUGUCCGGAUGAGGGUUUCUACAAGGGUGGGCGCUUCGCGUUCAAUUUCAAGGUUGGACCGAACUACCCCCAUGAGCCACCGAAGGUCAAAUGCGAAACACAGGUCUACCACCCUAACAUAGAUCUCGAGGGCAACGUGUGUUUGAAUAUUCUUCGUGAAGACUGGAAACCGGUAUUAACGAUCAAUUCCAUCGUGUACGGACUGCAAUACUUGUUCCUGGAACCAAAUCCAGAGGAUCCGCUGAACCGAGAAGCAGCCGAGGUGCUGCAAACAAACCGACGUCUUUUUGAGCACAACGUUUUUAAAGCCAUGCGCGGCAGCUAUAUUGGCGCGACCUACUUCCAGCGCUGUCUCAAGUGAUAUAUAAAUUCGAAAUUAACCCUUAAAUGUUGCGUUUAUUUAAUUAUUCUUACGAUUGGUGGGCGCUAUUAUAUAGACUUUAAUUAUAACUGAAAAUGCCACAAACAAUGCAUGAUUGAGAGCGAAACACCCAGAGGCGAAGCUAAGACGGACAAAAAACGCGCCGAAACCCACAAACACACACAGUUGCAGAAAGCAAAAAAUCGAAACGAGCAACAGUAACGGUCAGUUAUAUACGAAGACGUUCGACUCUCUGAAUAGGAUACGAGCUGCAAGUUUGGCCUUGUAGAAUGUGAUGAAAUUUCAAUCGAUAGAGAAAAAAACUGUAGAUGAGUGAUUAUUACAGGAAUCAAAGAGCACCUUGUUUAGAUAGCUUAAAAUGCAGCAUACAGCUCCGUAAGAACCGUCACCAAACGAAGAGUACUGAACUCUCAUAGCAGGAUCUAUGCUCAGUAGAGGGACUGUGUAAGAAUGAAUGUAAACCCUAUUCGAAGAAUAAUUCUGCACAUCUAUAUUACUUUUAUCUGUACAUUAUCUAACUAGACGCUGUGUGUGUUUGUUAGAAGGCUCGUAUCAGAGAUUCCCAACAUGUUGCUAAUAAUAAGCCAAACUGUUUCGCGGCCAUAGCACAGCAUUAUUACAUCGAUAUAGGCACCGUUUCUUGAAUUUUCAUAAACAGUGUAGGAAAGUGUGCAGCGCCGAAUGUUCGAAUGGAGCGAUGAUAGGUGAAACAGCAGCGUCGAGAAAAAAAAGGCAUGUAGCUGAGCGUAGCUUCUUUAGUGACUUAAUGAAGAUUGUUCCCCAUCCCCAAAAACUAAGAGUAAAUGUAAUAAUGGAAAAAACUAGUAAACAGGUUGAAAUUCAUUCUUCAACACCUAGGCUGAAAAGGCUGGGCGUUACUUAUUCUUAAAUGUACCCUUGAGUUAGCAAUGGAUAUUGCUGUUGAUACUCUUCUGCAUGCCGAUAGUCGACCGUUCGCCAAUCAGUCUGCUUAAUUAAAGUAUAAACAAACGCACUUCACCAAGCCCUUACAAUAGAAUGUCUGCAACAGAACAAGAAUGCCGAACGCUCCCGAAUUAAUGCAACAAAAAAAAACAAUGGCAUACACAAUACUUAGGAUAACAAACAAAAAAAUAAAAUAAACGACGAAA